AGCUUUUCUACUUUCGACGGCGACGGAUGUUUCUUUUCGUGUCCGCGCAUCCUUAGUUCACUAAAUUCUGCCGCAUGCUUUUCUCACUACCACCGAAGCUCACACAUCGCAUACCCAUACACAGCCACGGGAAAAAGUUAAAGUCCGAAAGGUUCCUGUGAAAAGCGGCAGUUUAACACAUCAGGAAUUGUAGUUUUUUCCAGGAAGGAACUGUGCUUUUUUCGCCUUAGUUUCCGAUACAUUUUUACAUAAUUUGCAUGAAAUACAUACAAAAACUGACUGGUAUCGAAGAUUGACUAUUGCCAAUCACCCAUAACAAUACAAGCAAAGUGCCAAAAUGUCGUUAAGCAUUUGAGUCUGCAGACGAAAAGGAAAAUAGCUUGACAUAAAAUUUACAGUUACGUGGGAUUUACAACCGAGAGCUGUAACACACAGACAGGCCCACACAUACACACAUACGCAAUCGGGUGAGUGCGGGAGUGAAGUCCUUGAAGCUUCUCGGCUUACGAGCAACCCCCAACAACAUUGGGUGCGUCGGUACUCGGCCCGACGUAACGGAUAACGGCAAAAAAUAACCGUCAACAAAAAACAAACAAACACAAGUACAGGAAGCCGACGAAGUCCGUGUGUGUGCUGGUGUAGAUUUACCGUUGCCCUUUCAUCUCUGUGUGCGAGUGUGUGUGUGGGCGCCACAAUAAAAGGAGGCGCAAAGGAUAUGAGGCCAACGUUGUCUGCCGCAUUUGCAAGUAAGGAAUUACCGUCCGUCCACAUCGGCUAAGACUAGAAUACCACUAUGUUUGGAUCCAAGCUGCGCUCCUGGAUGGAGACGCAUAUUGUGCGUCCCCGAAAGAAGGGCAGUAAACACAAGCAAGGGACCGCGGAAGCAGGCAGUUCCUGCUUGGGGAAGAAGGCGGGCACCUUACCCCCACAGGGCAGCAACCUAACUAGCCCGGUCCUGACCAGUAGCGGAAGCCACAGCAUCGCCAGUCCGGUGCGGAGGCGCGAGGUCUCUCCCAUCCAGUGUCACCCGCCCAGUCGUCGAUAUGGCUGGCAAUCCCCUGACGAAGACUCCUACGUCAUAGCCUCUCCCAAGUCGGACAACCUACUUUACGCUCCGCACUGCUAUCAGCCGCAUCUACCGCUCCAGCAGCCAUCACACCAUUUAAGCGUGCCCAAUAGCAAGGACACCUCCUGUGCAGAGAAAUCGCCUACCAGGGUAAACUGCUCUUCAUCCUCCAUAUCGUCGUUGUCCUGGUCAACGGGAUCCAAGGAGCCCUCUUCUGGCAAACAAGCCACUUUUAAAGAGCAGUCCUUAAAUGGGGAAUACCACAUUCCACCUGAGGAGGAGGUGGAGUAUGAGGAAGUUGGCGCUUUGCUACUUCGGCCACCACCCCCCAUUGCGGAACAACAGCGCCCGCAGUCAGAAAACUUAAGCGCCAUGCAUCUAAUCUACGAGGAAGAGCCAAGGCAAAGCAACAACCAUGUUCGUUACGGUCGCCUGCUUCCCUCCAAGCUAGCACCGGCUCAGAUUGGCGAUUCACUGGACACCUUGACAGCUACACCGCCAAUUCCACCCGCUCCUCUUAGCGGCUCGCGUAUGCGAACUCCACGAGGAAUUCAGCGCAGUAAUUUUAUGCCGGGACCCCGGCCCCACAGCUUGCCGUCGCCAGAAAGCGCUUAUUCCACGGGCUACUCCACAGAUGGCACUUCGCCAUGCGCCGCCAGCAACUACAAUCCACCUGAGUACUACAUUAACAUGCGCUCUGGAACCCACUACUUCCCCAAGAGCGUCAACUCGCUAGCCGUCGAGGCCCAGCGUUACAAGUUCGGCCUAAACCGCAUUGAGGAGAUGUCGCCUAUGGAUCCGUUGCCCAAGAGCAACUUCGCAAGUGCCAAUCAUGGCCUGGAGUCGUCGCCCAGUCCGCUAGCUCUACGGCGGCAGUCAAAGCUCUUUGAGUCUCCCUCUCCGAGACAGCGCUGUCGCAUAAGAACAAAUCCCUGGUACAACACGGGAGAGCACUUGCCCACCUCCACAGGCCCCACACGUUUGGAUCUGGAUGCCACCAGUACUACCUCCACGACCUCGUCGGGCAUUAAGUCAAGCAAUGAACUGGAAGUUCCGGCGGCCAAAACAAUACCAAACAAAACAGGAAAGCCAGUCCCUUACACAGCAACCCCCAAGUGCAGAGCUACUCCUAGCCAGGCAGCCAAACAGGCUGGUGUGGACAGUGUUGGGGGUGGGGCCGGUGUUGCACCUGGAGCCGGAGUCGCUUACGAGUCCGAGGGCUCUUCGACUUCGACUGAAGUGGAAAAUAUGCAUGCCCCACAUACCAUAAAGCGGCGUCACUUGGAGCACGCCGAGACUACAACAACUUCAGCACCCGUAGUAGCUGGUGGCGGAACUGGAGCUACGACCACAUCCUUCGUUCUUAGUGAUGACGAGGCCACCCUUAACGAAAUGAUUGGGAAGUUUGACGAGAGUUACAUUUACGAAAAGGAAACUGAUAUAUUAAGCAGUGAUUCAGAUCUUACUGACUGCUGUGCCUCGGAGCUAGACACUGGACAAGAUGCGGGGGAUGAGUGUGACACUGACGAGUUGUUGGAAAUUGACUUUAUAGACACUUCAUCCAUGCAAGAGGUGGAACUGGACCGCAAGGAUCUGUCACGAAAUCUGGGCAACUGUCACUACUAUACCAAUAACCCCAUCAGUCCGAUGAUGACUCGCAAGGCAUCAGUCCGCUCCCGACGCAAGAGCGGUCAGGAGACAGGGGAAAGCUCCCAACAGCGACGACGCAAGCGGUUCCUUAAAACCCGUAAGAAGAGUUGUGAAAAUCGCGAGAAGACCCCAUCGUCGCCUCUUCGCGAGCCACGAGGGACCCGAAGUGUGGGAGGCACGCCCGUCUGCUUGCGCCGCAAUCUACUGGGUCCAAGAGAGAGAAUAUACAAGACGUCUCCCCUGUCAAACCGCUCCAACUCGCUGAUUUUUGGCAGUAUCAAUAAAAAUUCUACACUCACUAUUGCAGAAAGCGAAAAAGCACUUCUUAAGGCAGACUUGGAGGCUGAUAUGAAGUAUAAACAACUUAUUAUGGAAGCGGAAUCCUUGCUGGAAUCGAUGAAGAACAGCUUACAGAGCAUUCCCAGAGACACACCGGUCGCCAGUCCGAGGCGUUUGAAUCCCUUGGCCAACAAGCGCGUGGAGAUGCUUAAAAACAGUGAAGUGGACUCCAAAAAACAGGCUCCGGUUCCGAACUCUCCUCCGCUUGAGCAUGAGUUAGCAGCAGCCAUUAAUAAGCGCAUAGAAAUGCUCAAGUUUGAAACAUCGUCUGCUUCUUCGCCACCAAACAGUCCCAAGCUUGCUCGUUGCAGUCCUCGCAAAACGCAUCUGACCAACUUUAUGAAUCAAAAUGCUCCACCAGAGUUGCCGCCACGCAAGAUAAAAGGCAACCCGCCCUCUGCUCCACUUUCGCCACAACUUCAGCUUAAUGGAAGGAGUCUUCAGGAAAGUCCAAAGAGCAAGCGACGUACGAUGAUGGUGACUUCCACGACCACGACAACGGUGAUCAGCUUCCACGGCAGCGAUUCUGAGAUGGAGUGCAUAGCUGUAGAGGAUAUUGGCAAUCACAACUACUUGCCUCAGCCCCAAUUGAAUACUAUGGAUAACAAAGAUGAAUCGAAUACGAAGAUGGAAAACCCAUUGCAUGCCGAAUUAAAUAUUAAUAACAACUUUUAUUGCCCACACAGCGAGCCGUUAAAGCGCAAGGUAUACAAGGGAAGCUCAUCGUUCGAGCGUAUAAAGAAGAACUUCGACUUGGAAUUGGAUUCAAACGGACGGUGCAAGUCGAAUGAGCGUUCGCAAAUUAAACUGAUGGCCUCCGUGUCGGCCAAGAGCUCUAUGCAAGACGUGACCGUUGACGAGGCCAAGGGCCAUGCAAUAGGCGGUAGUAAUCCCAAGCAGCAGCUCAUACUGAAUACCAUUGUCGAUUUAAAGCGCAGCUUGGAACAUCAAAGCCAUCAACUGAGUGGUCUUAAUGGCGAAUAGAACUGAGUCAACUAACUAAUAGGACUAAUAUCAUCAUCAUACUUAUUCAUAACACAUCAUAUAGACAGUAACUAGUUGGCUAAGAUAUAGGCUAACAGUCCAAACUAGUCCAUCAGACUAGACACUGAAACUGAGCGCAAUAACUUUUACUUAUAAGAGAAGACGAAUAUUUACAAAAAUACUAUAAUACUCAAGGGCCGUAAUAGAACAUAUGAACUGGUGCAGAAUCGUAUUACAAAAAAUGUAGCAUGUAGCAAAUUGUUUUUGAUGGAGUUUUUACAUUAUAACCGUAAUCAUAACCCAGAAGUUUUCUAAGUAAUAUUUUCAGUUUUAAAGUGUUCUU